ACUAAAUUAGUUAUGUGUAUGCUAGACCACAGUUUUUGACCUAUCUUUACAAUUGUUAUCUAGAUUAUGUUAUCUUCUACACCAGCAUAGAUCUUGAUCUUGAUUUUAUAUGCAUUUUUCUUUGUAUAGAAGACUGCUUACUGGAUCAAAGACCCUGACUCUGACAAGUCAAAUUAUACGUCAGUUUCAUAAAAUGCGUUUUGUCCAAUUUCAAAGCGAAAGUGGACGUGGAGUUGGUGUCGAGCUCGGAGACGGAGGAGAUAUUGUAGAUCUUAACAAAUGCAGUUCACAAAUUCCAAAUAAUAUGAAGGACUUUAUCGCUGGUGGACAAACAUACUUGGAUAUAGCAAAAAGUGCUGUUGACACUGGUGAAAAUGUGCUGAAACGCAAUCAAGUUUCUCUCCUGAGUCCCAUUGACAACCCUGAGAAGUUGAUAUGCAUUGGAAUGAACUACAUUGAUCAUUGUGCUGAACAAAAUAUGCCUGUGCCCAAAGAACCAGUUGUAUUUAGCAAAUUUAACAGCUCUAUCAUUGGUCCCUUAGACAACAUCCCUUACCCAGAUGAAACAAAUGAAUUGGAUUGGGAAGUAGAGUUAACAAUAAUCAUUGGAAAAACUGGGAAAAACAUUCCUAAAGAUAAGGCCAUGGACUAUGUAUUUGGUUAUACUGUGGCUCAUGAUGUCAGUGCAAGAGAUUGGCAAUUACAGCGUAAUGGAAAUCAAUUUCUUAUUGGAAAAAGCAUGGAUGGAUUCUGCCCUCUUGGUCCUGCUAUAGUUACAAAAGAAGAAAUUGGUGAUCCUCACAAUUUACACCUCUGGACUCGUGUGAAUGGUGUCACUAAGCAAGACAGCAACACCAAUCAACUUGUUUUCAAAACUGAAGAAGUUGUGGAGUUCUGCUCAAGAUUUUUUACAUUGAAGCCAGGGGACACAAUCUUAACAGGAACACCUCCAGGUGUUGGAGUCUUUCGAAAACCUCCAGAAUUUCUUAAGAGAGGAGAUGUUGUGGAAGUUGGCAUUGAAAAAAUUGGAGUUCUCAAAAAUCAAAUAGUUUAGCAGCCCAAUAGCCUGUUCUCUAUUCACUAACACAAAAUCAUCAAGCUAGAGGUCAUGAGAGAUUUCUAAAAUAAAAGAUUCUUGUCUGCAUUAAUCAGCCAUUGCUGUGACUUUUUAAAAGUUUAAAAGCAGGUUUUGCAUUAUGGUCUAACUUUAAUCAAUUAACCAGAUUUUUUUGCAUUUGUCUGAAAGAAAUGUUUCCAUUUUAUUUUUAGGUUUCCUAUAAACACAUUUUACAUUUUUAUUUGUUGAAUGUACUAUUUGAAUACAGUGAUGACACUGUAGAUAAUGUAAUUUUUGUAAUACAUGCAAUAUUAUAUGUAUCUGUAAAAUUAUAUAAAACUUUUUCCGUUGCAAUCUUUUCUAAGGAAUAUCAUUUUAAUAAAAGUAAUUUAUUUCUUGCUAUUUUGCUAUACAAAUUUUUAUAAAAUGUAUGUGUGUGUGUGUAUGUAAGGUUAAUACAGAAAUUUGUUAAAAGAUUCAGAUUUACACUAUUAGAUCUACUAACUUACAUUUUUAUUAUUCAUUGUGGGUGUAGUGUUUGCUUUAUUGAACAGAUUCUGGAAAGGUCUUUCAUGUUAAAAAAAAAAAUUGCAUUUUAUUUCUGUAACUUCAAUCUCUGCACAAAUUUGUAUUGUUAAAUUUCCAAUGGAUUGUUCUCUUAAUAAAAUAUUUGAAUAUCUUGUGUUGAGUCAACAAUUAGAACCACACUAUGUUUGUGUUCAGGUCAGAGACAACAACAGUGAACAGUCUUAAUAAAAUAUAUUUGUAAACAGAAUAGAGCCCAGUAUUAUUCUUACAAUUUAUUAAUCAAAUGGAUAUGAGUUUCUAUCCUCAGAAUUAUUCUUCACAAAACAAAAACUAACCUUUCUUAACAAACUCACAAUAUGGUUGACAUUAUAAACAAAAGAGUAUUUGAUAUUAGAAUUUUUUAAAAGUCAUUAAAAAAAUUCAGUCAUAAAACUCAUUGAAAAUUAUAAUUUAUUUAAAAAAAAAAAAAACUCCAGAUUACUACAAAGAAUAGAAGUCCAAGAAUUUCAAGGGACAACAGUAAGUUUAGAAACUAUGAGUAGGGUAAAGUAAGGAUUACCUAGAGAAAAGAAAAAAAAUCAUCACAGUCUGAAACCAAACAGGAUGGAAAAAUAGAUUAACAUAUUUACUGCGUCAUUAAUUAUUUGCAAUGGCAAGCAAAGUAGGGAGAAAAAAAAAACAA